AUGGCGACGGUGGGAUUCGUCCAGAUCAACUUGUACCACAGCAGGGGCGCCUCGGCUGUUUUGGCCAGGAGCAUGGCUGUGGUGCACACAAGUAUUUGCCUAAUGCAGGAACCCUGGGUAUACGGGAGCGGUGCACUUGGACACAAGCCCAGUCCCAGGGCCGCGAUUGCGGUCAAGGGACUAGAAGCGCAACUCAUGCCGGAAUUUUGUUCUAGAGACGUUGUGGCAGUUACGGUGGAUUUCCUCAGAUUCACCACGGGCGAGACCAGGAGAGUAGUGGCGAGCUCAGCGUACUUCCCACAUGAAGAGGAAGGCUCGCUUCCGCCAGGACCUGUGGCUAGGCUGGUGGAGUACUGCCAAGAUAAGGGGCUGCCGUUUAUAGUGGGGUGCGACGCUAAUGGGCACCACACUGUUUGGGGGAGCACCAAUAUUAACAAUCGGGGCAGAAGGCUUCUGGAGUACCUGGUAGCCACUGACCUGGAGAUCCUGAACAGGGGCAACGAACCAACAUUUCAGAAUGUGCUUAGGCGUGAGGUACUUGACCUUACUCUAUGCUCGAGAAAUUUGGUUCCGGAGGUUGUCGGGUGGCAGGUCUCAUCAGAGCCCUCCCUCUCUGAUCACAGGCAGAUCGUCUUCAAGCUUGCCAAUGUGAGGCCUAAAACAAUCUAUAGAAGAAAUCCGAGAAGGACGGAUUGGGACUCGUAUCGAGAAGAUCUCUCCAAUAGUUUUUGCGGCUUCCCUAAAAGUCACGGGACCGCUGCUGAGGUAGAGCUCUGCGUAGAUCAUCUACAAAGGGCUUUAGUGGGCAGCUUCGAAAAGAAUUGUCCAGCGAGAGCAGUUCGCUUUAAUAAGAAGAUCUUUUGA